GAAUCUCAGUUCAGCCGUAUUACGGCAGUGUAGUAUCAGCCGAAAAUUAUCAUUUUGCCGAUGAAAUUUGCACCUAUAAUCUCUCGGAUAUAGGUGUUGCAAUGAUUGAAAUUCUAAUAAGUCUCAUCCCAGAAGGGCUGGGGUAUCCCCUGGUUGUGUCUGCUAUACUUGGCUUGUUGCUAUACAUUCUACUGGGCAAGCCAUCAUCUAUGAAGAAGCAGAAGACAUCGGCCAAUCAUGUGACAGCACCAUCAUCACAUGACACUGAUGUUCUUAUCAUUGGCUCUGGGAUCCUAGGGUCAGCCAUGGCUACUGUGCUGGCAAGAGAUGGCCGUAAGGUGACCGUUAUAGAACGAGACAUGAAGGAGCCGGACAGGAUAGUUGGAGAGUUGCUUCAACCUGGUGGCUACAGAGCUUUAACUGAUCUAGGAUUGAAAGAUUGUGUAGAAGGCCUUGAUGAACACACGGUCAAAGGUUACGUCAUUCAUGAUCUGAAGUCUGGCGCUCAAGUUGUCGUACCAUAUCCCACGGACAAAGACUCAGGAUCUGCAAUCACGGGUCGAUCAUUCCAUCAUGGCAGGUUUAUUAUGGGGCUUCGGAAGGCCGCACUCGCUGAAGAAAGAGUUACCUAUAUUGAAGGUACUGCAUCUAAAAUCUUGGAGGAGAAUGAUAAAGUAGUUGGAGUGUCAUAUAAACUCAAAGGAACACAAGACCUGAAGGAGAUCAAGGCCCCUCUCACCAUCAUCGCCGACGGCUGCUUCUCCAAGUUCCGGAAGCAGCUGACCACCACCCUCCCGAAGACUUCCUCUCACUUUGUGGGGACCCUGAUGCACCACUGCCCCCAGUAUGCAGACAACCAUGCUGAGCUGGUCCUGGCUGAUCCUUCACCUGUACUCAUCUAUCAGAUAUCAUCAGAGGAUACAAGGGUUCUGGUCGAUGUCAGAGGGGAUAUGCCAAGAGAUGUCAAGGAGUACAUGAUGGACAAGGUUUACCCACAGUUACCAGAGCAUAUCAAGGACCCUUUUGCCGAUGCUAUUCAAAAUGGCCGCAUCCGUAGCAUGCCCAACAGCUUCUUACCCCCAGCCCCGGUAGAGAAGCGUGGUGCUCUGUUGCUAGGCGAUGCGUAUAACAUGAGGCAUCCAUUGACGGGUGGUGGUAUGAGUGUAGCAUUGAAUGAUGUCAAGAUAUGGAGGGAGCUAUUCAGAUCGAUACCAAACUUGGGUGAUGAUAAGGCAUUAUCUAGUGCACUGAGAAUGUUUCAUUGGAGGAGGAAGUCUACCCAUGCAUUCGUUGUCAACGUUCUAGCUCAGGCUCUUUAUGAAUUGUUUGCUGCCACAGAUGUUCAUUUAAUGAAGCUUCGUGAGGCUUGUUUCAAGUAUUUCAAGCUUGGUGGUCAAGCCGUAGAGGGACCUGUAGGAUUACUCUCUGUACUCACACCCAACCCAUUCCUCCUCAUUGGUCAUUUCUUUGCCGUCGCCCUCUACGCCAUCUACUUUGCAUUCUUGGACCAGCCCUGGUACCUCAAACCACUCGCGUUCUACGAGUCUUCUCUCAUCUUCUUCAAGGCUUGUGGGGUCCUCUUCCCACUCAUAAGAUCAGAAUUUUACAUGGUCAUGAGGAGUUGAUGGAUUAUUGACAUUGUUGUAAAAUGGUCUUGGCGCUUUACACUCCUUGGUCUGCUUCAGACAUCAGGGGCUGAUUUCAUAAAACUUGUGAUGAUAUCAAAUUGCAUUAACUGUUAAAAGCUACUGAAAUCAUUCAAUUUGAUUGGCUUAUAGUAAAUUUAUAAAUUGUACAUUUGUUAUACCAAGUUUUCAUGAAAUGGGAACCAUGGCCCCAUCUUACAAAGAGUUUCGAUCGCAACUAUGGACGCCCAGCAAUGUC